UCUGUCAAAUUUGUUGUAUAACAUGAUGUUUUGGUGCUUAAUUUGUAAAAUCAUAACCUAAUUUGAUGUUUAAUAGGCUUUUCCUUAAUGCCUCCUUAUUAUCCAACAUAUUCGCUUGUCCAAUGUUUUGCCGGCCUGUUUAUGUUGGAUAAGUGAGACUCUACUGUACCACUAAUUAGCAGAGGAAGGAUUUUAGACACCAUAAAAGGAAUGAAAAUGCCGGCGAUCAAAAGGAAGGAGGAAGUCCUGAUGGAUCUUCGUCAUAGAGAAUAGAGCAACAGCACCCCCUUCUGGGGAGAUAGGUCAGAAUAUAAAUAAAGUGUUAUUAUUGUUGUUGUUGCUAUAUAGAUGUAAGCAAUGAUAAUAACCCAAUGACCCUUGCUCCCCUUGUUUCCCAGGGCUGACCACUGGGCCUCCCUCCGGCCAUGGCCUUGGUGGUCCACCUGCUGUCCUGCCUGCUGGGCACCGGCUCCUGGGUGGCCAUCAACGGCGUGUGGGUGGAGCUGCCACUGGUGGUGGCCGCGGCCCCCGAGGGCUGGCUCCUGCCUUCCUACCUGACGGUCAUCAUCCAGCUGGCCAACCUGGGCCCCCUGGUCUUCACCUUGGCCCACCGCUUUGGCCGGCUGGGAGAAGUCGGGGUCAUCUACGGCGUGCUGGCGCUGGGCUGCCUGUCCUGCCUGCUGCUGGCCUUCUUCUGGGGCUCCACCAGUGUCGUGGCCGGGGUCCCACGAAGCACGGCCCUCCUGGCCCUGCUCUUCUUCCUGGCUUUGGUGGACUGCACCUCCUCGGUCACCUUCCUGCCCUACAUGCGGAGGUUCCAGCCGGUGUACUUGACCACCUACUUCAUCGGCGAAGGCUUGAGCGGACUCUUGCCCGGCUUGGUGGCCUUGGGUCAAGGAGUGGGCACUCCCCAGUGUCACGGCAACGGCAGCAACACCACUGGGAACUACCAAGCGCCCCACUUCUCCGUCCAGACCUUCUUCCUCUUCUUGACCGCCAUGAUGGGCCUCUCGCUGGCCUCCUUCAUCCUCCUCAACCACCUCCCGGUGGCCAAAAAGGAGCGAGAGAAGGAGACCGGCUACACAAAGGAGGACAACGCAUUGCGAGCAAAGGUCAAGGCAGAAAAGCCUUCCAUGGUCCAGGGAUCCGCAGGACGCUGCUUCGGCUCCGGGGUCUACUCCAGGCCGCAACUGGCCUACAUCUUUGUCCUGCUGGCCUGGGUCAACGCCUUGACCAACGGGGUCCUGCCGGCCGUCCAGUCCUACUCCUGCCUGCCCUACGGCCACACCGCCUACCACCUCUCGGCCACCUUGGCCGCUUUGGCCAACCCAAUGGCCUGCUUCCUGGGGAGGUUCCUGCCCAGCCGGUCUCUGGUGCUGCUGGGCGGCCUCUCCUUGGCCGGCUCCUUGGUGGCCUCCUACAUCAUGGCCAUGGCCAUCCUCAGCCCCUGCCCUCCUCUGAUGCGGUCAUCUCUUGGGGUCAUCCUCAUCGUGCUGUGCUGGGUGCUCUUUGUGGGGCUGCUCUCCUACGUGAAGCUGAUGAUCGGGGUCAUCCUGCGGGACGAGGGGCGCAGCGCCCUGGUCUGGUGCGGGGCCGUGGUCCAGCUGGGCUCCAUGAUUGGGGCCAUGGCCAUGUUCCCACUGGUCAGUGUCUACGGACUCUUCCAAGCCGGGCAGCCCUGCGGACACAGCUGCACCGCGUAG